AACUGGGUGCGAGCGGCGAGCGAUGUGCGUUGCCGUCGUCGACCUGCCCGGCCCGAGCAAGCGAAACAACAGCGAACGCCUUCUGCGAACGUCAUCGUCGACGGCGAAGACGCCUUUCCCCGGCAAGGUGAUUUUGGUGAGCUGAUAAAGAUGAACGUUGGACAACACACCGGGCCCGGGCCGCCAUUGACGCGCAAUGGCUGCUCGGACCGCUCCGUCACCGGGCCGUCCUGCCGCGCCCUCCGGACGGCCGUGUCCGCCCUGUACUGUCUGGACGAUUUCCACCGCGAGCACAUCGGGUCGGGCUUCUUCUCCGAGGUGUACAAGGUGACACAUCGGACGACCGGUGACGUAAUGGUGCUGAAGAUGAAUCAACGGCGCGCCAACCGGCCCAACAUGCUCCGCGAGGUUCAGCUGUUGAACAAACUAUCGCAUCCAAACAUCCUGAGGUUUAUGGGUGUCUGCGUUCAGGAAGGACAACUGCACGCCCUCACGGAGUACAUCGAGGACGGUUCGCUGGAGCAGCUGAUCGCGAGCAACACCGAGUACCUUCCGGCCCUUUGGAAGAUAAGGAUCGCGCUCGGGAUUGCCCGAGGAAUGCAGUACGUGCACGACGUCGGUAUCUUUCAUCGCGAUCUUACCAGCAAAAACGUGCUGGUGAAGCGACUUCCUGACGGUAUGUUCGAUGCGGUGGUCGGUGACUUUGGGUUGGCCGCCAACAUCCCUCGGAAAUGUGGUAAACCCCGCCUUGACACAGUUGGCUCCCCGUACUGGAUGAGCCCGGAGUGUCUGAAGGGACAGUGGUACGAUCAAACCAGUGAUGUAUUCUCCUACGGAAUUAUCUUAUGUGAAUUGAUAGCACGGAUCGAGGCAGAUCCCGACAUUAUGCCUAGAACUGAUACGUUUGGUUUGGACUACAUUGCGUUUGCCGAUGUGUGUCCGAACGAUACGCCACCGGCGUUUUUAAGACUGGCCUUCUAUUGUUGUACUUAUGAUCCAAAGAGUCGACCGACGUUCACGGAAUGUGUCAAAAAGUGCACACUACUGUCCGAUGUGUGUGAGGAUAGUUACAAUCAUCUGCAGCAACAGCAGCAGCAUCUGUACAGGCUGAGUGUGGCCAACGGAACCCCAAAUGCGCUGGCGAACGGAAGCACCUCAACGAACGGUCUGAACGGUGUUACGACGCCCAGUACCAUCAUCACCUCCGCGAGCAGCAGCUCCGAACCCGUCCCGGCGGUGACCGAAAGUAGUUCCCCGAGCAACAGCAGCACAACAACGACCCCGUCCGGCAGUGGAGAGUACUCUCAGAAUCCUCUGCACCACCGACGGUCGCUGUCGGAGAACGUGAUCGUGUUUCCGCCGCACACAACGCCCAGCGAUAAGGCGCGCUAUCACAUGUACCAGCGGGGCAACUCAGUCGUACGGCCGGCCGAACCGGCCAUCCCUGAGUCGCCCACCUACUCUAACCAAACGCUGCGCAAGGUGGCGGAAACGAUGCUGCUGAAGGAUCCCCAGUACAAACCGCGCGCGAACACGGAUCAGGGUGGCAUACCGAAGGCAAACCCAUUCAGUGCCCUAUCGCAGCUGAAGGGCGUGAAGAAGAUACUUGGUCCCAACCCGGCCGUCACGACGUACAGUUCUGGCGAUCUGUUCAGCUCGUGCUUCGAAAUAUCGGCCCCCUACUUCCGGGCGUGGAACUCGGUGCAGAAUCAGAUCGUGCAGAAUGCCCGCGACGGGCGGAGCUGUACCGGGAUGGGUGGUUCGGGUAGUUCCGGCUCGGGCAGUGGCGCUGGUGAGGGUCAGCCGAAAAGUUUACCCAACUCUCCCACUUCGCCACGGAAAGAGUACGGUGAGGAGGACGACGACGAGCAGGCGGGAACCCAUGCGAUCGGUGGCCGACUGGCGAACGAGUACCGGAAGGUGUCGCUUGGCAACGUGCGAAAGUAUCGGGCCAGCUUCACCGAACUCUCUAGUCAUCCACUGUACAAGAGUGGUCAAAUUGAGACUGAAGUAUCGAGUACCGGCGCGACGCGGGGCACUAAUCCCACGUCAACAGCGUCUAACACCAUCACCUCAACGACAACCGUCAAUUCUGCGCCCGCUAAGAAACUGCUGAACGGAGCCGGACCGCCUAAACCCCCCAUACCAUCCAUCGUCUCGACGGAACCGGUGGAGGAGGAGUUGGAAAUGACUGAACCCUUACUACCAACGGCGGGAAGCACCAAACGGCCGAAAACUAUCAGCAGCAGUAGCAGUGGCAACAAUCUGGUCCAUCUUAGUAACAACAACAAUAACAACGGGGACAGUGGCACCGAGGAGGGUCAAGAUGGGGCGAGCUGUGAUGGUGAACCGAUCCGACCUGAUGACGAAGUGUUGCUUAAAUCCUCCUCCCGGACAACGAUGGUAAGCGAUGCGAACGCAAAAGAUGCUUGUCCCGAUGGAGGAGAAGGUGUUCUGGAAACACCACGCAUUCUCACUCGGCGGGGGUCAACGGAGAGUGGAUUUUUCUCCUGUCUCAAUGAAGACUUUGGCACGUACAAGAGUUCCCCUUGCUGCUGCUUGGAGAGGAUAGCGCACUGCGAUUCCACUGAUCGGUUGCCAAUGUGUCGGUGUAUGUUUGGAGUAGGAGCAACCGGGUCUAAUGGUUCUGGAGCGGGCGAUGGCAUUACACUCUGUCCGGGUGGUGGUUUAAUGUCCAACCAAACGUUAAACGAUAGCUCGAGCAUAUUGUUCUUCGACGAUAGCUCAACGACGGUCAGCUCGUUACGGAGCAUGGAUGAUCUGGAGCUGUCGGAUUCGAUACGGAAGCGAUUCAGCCAUCAUAACCAUCACCUGCACCAUCUCCACCAUGUGCACCAGGUGCACAGUAGGCACAACUUGCUCAGCAACGUGGACAUCGAUGCACGUUCGAUCGAUAUGGGUUUGAUAAAUCGGCUUGCUCUGGAUUCGGAAAUCAGCAGCAUGAUCCAGAAGAACCAGUUCGCGAACCAACUGCUCUACUGCAAGAACCGCUCGUCGUCGAUCUUCACCGACAGCUCGGACGACAUCAGCAGUCUGGCCGGGUCGGACUCGCUACUGUGGGACGACCGAUCGUACACGGCCCUUCCGACCACACGCUCGGCGCAGAUUGCCAAAAUCGUCGAGUACUUCGAGCGCAAGGGUCAAACGUUCAAACCAUUCACUGUACCUGAUUCCCUGCAGCUGGGUUCCUCUACCAACGCCGGUGGGCACUGUGGGGCCGCCAGCGCGGUACACUUACCACACCAUCACCAUCACCACCAUGGGCGACUAGGGCCGGGCACAACAACGGGUGGGGGCUGCAUGGGCACCUGUCACAAUGCCACGACGACAACGUCACCAGCGAACACAGCGACACCAAAUGGAACGGCAAUCGGCAACGGGGCGCGCCGACACUCCAGCACCAAUGCGGCGGCGGCGGCCAGUGCGGCCAAGAUGUCGCAGACUGAACUGAAGCAACGCUUCGAGUACGAGGCGUUCUGCUACGAGCUGGAACGUAAGCAACAAUCGGUGGCUGGCAAUGGUACGCAUCGCCUGAACAUCUGUGAAGGAAACGUACGCUCGAAGCUGCAGUUGUUCGACAAGCUAAAGCAGCAGAGCAACAUCAUCGCGGCCGCCACCAACGGCGGAUGCACGGUUGCAACGAACGGAACCACCGCGCUCAACAACGGUGGCACCGUCGGUGGCAAUUGUGCAACCAGCAGUGCAUCAUCCAACGGCAGCUCCAACGUAAACGGGUUAACCAUAAUAAAUAAAUGAAUAAAUAGAUAAGUAGAAUCUGGUGGAAUAAGAGCGGACACAACUGUCGAUCGCUCUGGAAGAAGGUACUUUGACAAAAGUCCUUCACACGAUCGACGAAAAAAAACACACACACACACAAAACGGGCAAUUGCAAAACAAACUGAAUCGUACAGUGGAAAGAUUACUUAUCUACCUUUAUAUUUGUUAAAAGUGGUUGUAAGCAACAGAGCUCGUGUGUAAUGGUUCUGCGACUAACGUAGAGUCCCAAAACAAUGCGCCAAACAAUUUUGCAGAACCUACAAGAAUGUGUCAAAUCAUUGGAAUGCGCUGUAGAUCAAAGUGAGAUUAGAAAAAAAAAACACAUGCACAUAAACAUGUCCCAGUUUUAAUGCCGACAGCAAUAUCCUGUUCGUCUCUGGCGGUAAACCGUUAAAAUAGUUUGUCCGUGUAGAAAAGGAGUACGCUAACGGUACUGAAUUGUAUAGCAUGUUAAAGAGGAAACAAUAAUGUCACUGUAGCCAGAAAUAGUGUACUUUAAUCUUGCCAAGCUCCUAGCAACACGUCUACUUCGAUCGUCGUGUAGUGAAGCAGCAGAGUAGUUUUAUACAUAAACGAGGAAAAGCAGACAGUCCAUCUCAACAAACGAUGUAAAGUUGUGGUUCUAUAUUUUAACCCGCAAGAAACGCCCUUCUCCUGGGACGGACUAAUCGUUUGCACGAAGGCCUUAUAGUUUAAACUGGUUCAUACGUAGAAAAAAAAAAUCAUUAGGAUUGAUACAAAGUAGCUCAAUGAAUCAACACACAGAUUCCUCCAUCCGGUCGGAAGUUUGCAUCCGAAGAAAGCAAUUAAUAGAAGGACGUAAGUUACAGGUUCUUGUCUCCAACACAUCAAUCCGAUUUCGUGUAAAGCUACUAUCAUUGUACAACAGUAAACGGAACAGCGAAACAAAAAAAGAAGGAAAAUAGAGAGAGAGAGAAAACGAACGUGUACAGGUGCAGGCAUAUGCAAAUGAAUCAAUUCGUAAACUUUUUGACGUCCAUUUUUAAAGUAAUUAAUCAUAGUGUUGCAUUCAACGGAGGAAGUAGUUUGAAAGUAGAGGGAAUCAUCUAAGUUACACUUUCUUUAGAGUCAUUGUAGCGGCUAGAGGAAUAGAAAAAAACUACUGAUAUUUGUAGACAUUUUUGUUAUGAACUAAAACAAGGCGAAAGUGUCAAAGGAAGCAAACAGCAGCUGUGCAGAAGAAUUAAUGCCAAAAAAUCUGAGAUCUACACAGACAUACACACAGAAACACACACACACAUACAUAUUCUUAGAAACAACAAAAUCCCGUCUGUUCCACCUUUUCUUCCUAAACUAUUGUUACUAACACCGUAAUUGUGACUAUCGUGUAUCGAUUAUCAUCUGUAUUGUCCGUCAUGCACCUAGGUCUUCCGUACGCGCGGCUUGGAAUCGGCUUCGUAUUCCACAACAAUGUUAAGUUAGAAAGUUCCGAGCCCCACAAUCAAUCUGUGGAUCUUCCUAUCGGUAAUCAUAUCUUCAAGCAAGAGAAACAAAACCCUUAUUAGUCUAUGUUCUACCUCCGGUUUACCUGCAGCUAUAGCUAUUGUUCUGCGACGGUAGCAUACCUUUCGUGACUAAUCAACACAACCGUUAGAGUAUAUUUCCCUUUAACUUUAAUCAGUUUUUCUCAUUUUAUUAGUAGCAAAAAGAUGGGCAUGUUUGCAAUAUACUGAUUUAGCGAAACCUUGUUUAUAAGACUAGCGUGUAGAGAUUAGUUCGUUUUGUGUCCUAAGUUACUGUCAUUAGUAUCCAUCUAUGUACCGUAAUCAAAAUAUUGUAGGGUAAGGGCGAAGAGGCGCGAUACUUCCCUGCUGGGUGGGAAGUGAUGUGAUGGGGUGGCGCGAUCACUCUCGCGCACCAGUUCUGAGAUUAUUUAUUUCUUUCCCCUUGUCUUUUCACUAGUUUACCUUAAUGCCACUCUGUAUGUAGGUGAUAGAAGUUCAUCGUUACUUUUUGUAAGUGCAACACCACCUAUUUUUAGAGCAGAUCAGCACACGCACCAGCAAUCACGUUUUGCACGAAUGAUACGCUACGUAUACCGCGCUAGAGGAGAGGUUAGUUUCCUUACCUCGGCAGUUGGUAGUUGUUCGUUUGUACAUAGGCAGUUUCGUUCAGAUGGAGCACGGUGGGUCUUCUCCCAGACCCAUCCCGUGUCGUAUCCCAAAUGAUCGUACUAAUUUUUAAAACCCUCCCCCCUCAAUCAUCACCGGAAACAGCCAAGUAUUAGCGAAAUAUAUAAAUAUAUAUAUUUAUCAUCGUAAACUAUCUUUUUCUUUUCCAAUCUAUAUCUCUUAUAAAGUUAGAGGCAGGCGAGUUACGUUUGCGAGCAUCAUUUCUCGUUUGAUAUACACUACUAUAAAAAGGGAAAAAGCCAACAUUUUUAAACACCAGAUAAAGGCACCUAGUGCACGGCCACGUUCGGAGGCAAACCUUAUUCCGAAUCAAUCACCUCGAUGCGUUUGAAAAUUCGAUCCAUCCAAACAAACAAGCAAACAUAUUAAAAGGCGGUAUUGUAACGCAACCGUAGUACAACACGCGUUCGUUUAUAUAUUGAACAAUUGUUUAUAUUUGUCGUUCUUAGGACUUCUUGCAGGCAGGUUUAACGAUACUGGAUGUACAUUUAUGUCUUAUCCUACCAAAUCCCGUAAUGGGGUUUUUUGUUUUCCGUACACAUACAGGGCAUAUGAGGGAGCGUUUGUGUUUCCGACAGAAAGGUACGCAAGAUACAAAUGCGUGCAAAUAAAAAGAAACGUUGUAACCGUACAAGAAUGGCCCACUGAGGUCUCUUGAUACAUUUCUUGUAUAUAGUUAUAUACAAAUAUAAAAUAAAUAUAUAUUUGAUCACUCUUAUUAUUGUACCAUUGGAACGUAAAAAGGAAACAAAUUAGGUCAAAUCUGUUCUACUCGUCAAAACUGUAUUCAAUCGGAUUCGAGAAAAAAACGGAAAGCACACGAUGACACAGGAUAAAAAACAAUUUCAUUAAGGGCAGAGAACCCUAGCGGUUAGAAAAUGUUUAUAAUUUCGAAAUUACUUGUAUGAAAGUCGAUCAAAAUGUUUGAUGCAUUCGAAGAGAAGAAAAGAGACAAAAACGUUGCAACUGUGUCAAAUUGAAAACGGAAACAAAAUGUUAAUAAAUAGUAGUGUAAAAG